UACCCAUCAUCGUACAGAUUGUGGAUAUAAUUGACAGCAUCAACAGCGAGUGUCAAUUCUUUAAAUAGGACGUUAAAUACGUUGAAUAUUUUCGUACAAAUUCCUGUAUAUUUGGAUACAAACAUAAACAUUUACAAUUUAUUAAAUAUCAUAAAUACUUUGAGGAAAUAUGAAAAGUAUUUGCAGUGAGCAUUUAUUAGUGUACAUGAUGAAUUUCUGGUCGGGAUCUUUACUCGUCUUCUACCUCCUGAAACUAGGACUAGUCCUUGCUGGAACCCGUGUUGAUGAAGAAAACUUGCAUGCUUUCUUAUUUUCAGGAUAUAAUAAAGAAAUUCGUCCUGGAAUGAAUAGAAGUAUUCCUCUCCCACUUGACAUAAUAUCCUAUCUAUAUUCCCUAAAUGAUUUUGAUCUAAACAAGGGAAAGCUUUCGUUAACUGCAAUAUUUUUACUGACUUGGGUGGAUGAAAGACUCUCCUGGAAUCCGGCGGCCUUUAACGAUACAAACAAUAUAUCUAUUUCUCAGAAAAAAAUAUGGAUUCCAAAUCUUGUGAACAUAAACCCUUAUGACGAUGUUACUGAACUAAGAACGGAUGCAUCGGCGGUAAGAGUAUUCAGUAGUGGAUAUUGUGUGUGGCUUGCUCUGCAAACAUUCAAAGUCAUAUGUAAAGCGGAUGUGACAAAAUAUCCCUUUGAUACUCAAACAUGUGCAAUGAGAUUCUACGUUUGGGGAUAUGCUCCAGCAGAAGUUAAAUCCAAAUGUUUGCCACCAGUUGCAGAUGAGUUUGUAUAUUACUCUGAAAAUGGCGUUUGGGAUAUCAUUGAUUCUUCAUCCUACAUUCAGUUAGACUUCCAUAAAUAUGAAAUAAUAAAUUUCGAAUUUGUAUUAAAACGCAGAGCUCCGUAUUAUAUCGUGAGUUUGAUAUUACCAAUUGCUUCGGUUUCAUUUCUUAUGGGCUUUGUAUUUCUUCUUCCAGUUGAGUCUGGGGAAAGAGUUGGGUUUUCUACAACUUCUCUUCUCUCUGUGAUUGUUUAUCUUACGAUUAUUCAGGAAAUGUUGCCUGAAUCGUCAGAACCAAAUAUAUCAACUCUUGGUUAUAUUCUGGUGACGUACGUUGUGACCGGAUCAUUCGUUGUCAUAGAAGUCAUCAUCAGCCUCUGGAUUCAGAGUCGGCCAUCCCAAAGUCCUGUUCCUAAAAGUUUAAGUCGUCUUAUGACAUGUUCACUCAAGAAACGAAAUAAAAUAUCUGAAGAUACACUUGAUACCAAGGAAGAGGAAUGUGACAACUUAAUUGAUGAAGUCACUUGGCCAGAUGUAUUAAGAAUGUAUGACAAAGCUUGUUUUAUAUUAACUAAUAUUGUGUUUUGCGUAUCGUCAUUUAUAUACUUUUGCAUAGUUUUGUCGUGAAUGUAUCCAUUUAUAUGGGGGAAAAUUGUUGAAAGUACAUGUAUCCUGUCCGUCUUAAAUAUGCUUUUAAGGAUUUCAGCGAUUUGUUGAUGAUAUUUUGAUAUUUGCUAUAGAAGCCAUCAAAUGUUACGACAACUAUUUGGUAAACCGGUAAAUGCUUGUAUAUUUACAUUGUAGUUAUCUGAGAUAUAUCAAUGUCUUCAAAUGUCUUACUUUAAAUUUAAUACAUUUUAACUGGUGGAUUAUUUUUUAUUUCCUAUUUCUAUUUAAAAACAAAAUCUUGCAGAGGUCACUUUGAUAACGGGGAAAAUGGAAAUUCCACUUUACUUUUUCAAACACAUAUACUCAUCUCCUCGUGAUUUCAAAUUUUAUUAUUGCAAAAAAAUAUCCAGCGUGACAUAAGGUUCAUUUUUAUCAUCAAACAUGUGUUGAUUUAUCUAUCUUUCAUCUAUCUAUCUAUCUA